UUUUAGUUUAGUUCGAAAUUCGUAACUAGUUGGUUGUUUUUUUUCUUUUAAUUCGCUUUAAUCGGUUUUAAGUUUUACAAAAAACAAACAAAAAUUAAAAGAAUGAUGUACAAAUUCUUGGGUCUUUUGGCUGUUAUUUCAGUUUGCAGUGCAACCAUUAAGGUUAAAAUAGAUGUUUAUUAUGAAUCAUUAUGCCCGGAUAGUGCUGCAUUUAUAACCGAACAAUUAUAUCCCGUUGUUAAAGAAGAUCUAAAAAAUUAUGUUGAUAUUAAUUGGAUACCAUUUGGCAAAUCAACCUUUGAAACUCGUGGCUCUGAAGUUUUAUUUGAAUGUCAUCAUGGUCCAAAUGAAUGUUAUGGCAAUAAAGUACAUUCAUGUGCUAUUGAUAAUAUACAAGCAAAUUCAUAUGAAAUUGAACAUACAAAAGCUUCAUUACAAUUAGAUUUUAUAAAUUGUUUAAUGAAAAUUGGUAAAAAUUUCCCAGAUAAUAAAUAUCCAGGUGAAAAAUGUGCACGUGAAAAUCAUAUUAAUAAUUGGGAAAAUAUUCAACAAUGUGCUAAUAGUACAGAAGGUAGUCAAUUAUUAAAAAAGAAUGGUGAACGUACUAUGGAAUUUCAGAAUCCAUUAAAGAGUGUACCAACAAUUGUUUUUUCAGAGCAAUAUGAUGAUGAUCGUCAAAGAAAAGCUUUAACAAAUUUCCGUGGAUUUUUAUGUCAAUAUAUUGCACAAUCACAACCAUCACCAAGAGUUUGCCAAGGAAUUAACAGUUCUGGAAAAAAUUAUAUUGCACCAAUUUUAAUUGUAUUAGGUUCAGCUAUAUCAAGAUUAUUUUAAUUAUUGAUUAUCAAUUAUUAUAUUUGUAUAAAAUGUAAUUUAGAGUAGCGAUCAAGAAGUAAAUAAUAAUUUUAAAAUUUUGUAAUAAAACAAACAACUUCCAUUCAAAACUCCGUCCAGCAAAAAAAUAAAAAUAAUUCAAAAGAAAGUUAACAAAAAAAAAAAAAGAAUUAAAAUGUUUUCAAUUUUUGAACAUAAAUUUUAUAAAAUAAAUUGUAGGUUAUUAUAAGUGUAUAAGAAAAUUUUUAAUAAUAUAAAAAUAAAAUUUCAAAAAUAAUUUUAUCGAAAAAUAAAAACCAAAAUUAAUGAUAUUUUAACAAAAAAAAAACGAAAAAACCUCCUUAAAUGUUACUUAAAUGUCUUCUGCUUUCUAAAUUAUAGGGAUUAUCAAAAUUUAAUUGGUAUGAUUAUAAUUAUAAGAAUUUUAUGAAAUAUUUUUAUUAAUAUGUAAAAUUACAUUUAUUAUUAUAAGUACAUUAUGUAAGUACUAUUGUAUGUAUUUUUGAAAUGCAAAUUUCCGAAGGUUAAACAUUAAAAUUUUUUUUUUUUAAUUUUAACCAUUGCAGCGUUACUAAAGUUUUUACAUUAAUAUACACAAAUACAUAUAUAUUUUUUUUUUUGUUGAAA